AUGUGCAGAUCAUCUCAAGGGAAAAAAUCAUUGACAGAAUCAAAGGUUGGUCAAGCAGCAGCUGUAUUAUUUAACAAUAUAUCUUAUGGCAUUCCUGUAGUUUCUCCAAAAAAAUGUCCAAGGACAAACAUUGUUUCAAGUUGCUUCAUCCAAAUCAUUAAACCAUCAUUUAUUGUUGACAAUAGUGAAUAUAGUGUUAGACUAAACUGUGCAACUAGUGGUACAAAAUGGGCCUAUAAAAAUGUUGCAAAUGCACCCCACUGA